AUGUCUCAAACUCGUGUUACAACACGUUUUCUUGAUGUUGGAGAAGAUCCUAAUAAAACACUACCUCCACUUGAAGGCUAUGCAAAGAAAGAUUUGGUAUCCAUUGAAGAGGCAAUUAAAUUAAUUACGCUAGAUGUCCCAAUACAUAAUAUUGACUCAAUGGUAUGGACGGCUAAAAGGAGUGCGCGAGAGCCGAGAGAUGGUCUUACUUCUGAUGAAUUAGCGUCCAUCUAUUUAUAUACAUUGGAAUGGCCGGAAGAAUAUGAUAGCUUUUACAAGUUAUUAAAUAAAAAACUUCGUUCUAAACAACGGAAGCAUCUAAAACCAUGGUUCUCUUAUUUAAAGCUUUUUCUCACAGGUUUAUACAAACUUCCAUCGAUAAGAAAAAACAUUUGGCGUGGAAUUCCUGGUAACGUAAGCCACCUAUAUGAAAAUGAUUGCAUAUGGUGGGGUUUCAGUUCAUGCACUGGCACAAUGGCGACAGUGGAGCAGUUUUUUGAUCGAUCCAGUGAGCGUACAUUGUUUUUAAUUGAAUGUAUCAAUGGAAAAAACAUUAAAUCUUAUUCUGCCCAUGACGAUGAAAACGAAAUCUUACUGAUGCCAGGUACUUAUUUUACCGUUAUCGAUAAAUACAGUCCGGCAGAUAAUUUAUACAUCGUUCAUCUACGAGAAGAAAGUCCACCGCAUCAAUUACUCGAGCCACCAUUCGACUUAACAUCAGUUAACACAAAAACAGUUGUUCCAAAAAGUCAAGCUGCAUCUGAACCAAGAGGUGAUAAUUGUUCUUUUGUACUUACAUCUACUGUAAAUUCUUGA